AUGAGCGAUCCCAAGAUCUUUGUUAGGAAGGCUAAGCGAACUACUUUGCAGGAAGGAGGAAAUUUUCUGAAGAACAUAAAUCUCUUGGUUGGAAUAAAUCGUCGGAAGAGUGGUAAAAGCAGAGCAGCUAGAGGGGGAGAUGCCCCUGGGCUAAACCACCCACAAUCGAAUUUGCAACAAAACGAAACAGAGAAAACUACUUUUGCUGCGGACAGCGUGUUUGGGGCCCAAGUGCUACACAUUAGCUCAGAGAAUUCAAGUACAUCAUGCGAAGAGGAUGAUGAAGAAAAAGGAGAAGGAGAGGGCGAGUCGUGUAACUCGCCCGUGGUGAGACAGCCUUUCUUCCCAAUACUGGACUCUCCUUCUGAAGAUGUUUUCGAGCACAGCAUGCGUCUUAAGCCACAAAGAGCCCCUGCACCAUUCUUAGCUCGCAUAGGCAAUGAAAGGGCUAAUAGCGCGUCCCUUGCAGCAAUCAAGAAUAGCGAUGGCUUUAACUUGCGCUCCAGACCGUUAAAGCGACAGCCAAGCGGUGUCAAGAAAGAGCAUGCAACAAGCCAGGUCGCUAAAGGACAAUUAAGAAGAAUCCACUCUAUGUAUGCCUCCCAGAAGGAAGUUUCGAAAGGGUUAGAGGUUCCCAAAAUGAGGUCGCUUGAAGAACCCGAAGCUGAAUGUGAUAUCGAGUGUCCUGCGUACGAGUCAAAACUCGAGCGAAGCGGUAUACCUCACUAUUUCGACAACAAAACUGAUGAUAACUUACCCCGAAUAAGUGUUGAGACGCUGGUCAAUAUAAUGGACGGCGAUGUGAAGAAGCAAUAUGACACAGUUCACAUAGUUGACUGCCGCUUUGAGUACGAGUAUCAGGGCGGUCACAUUGGUGACGCUAUCAAUAUAAGCUCCCAAACAUCUUUGGAAUCAGUUUUCAUCCACAAUAGGAAAAACUAUUGCAAAAGCCACCUUCCAUCACUAGUGAUUUUUCACUGCGAGUUCAGCUCAUAUCGGGGACCUAUCAUGGCUUCACACUUGCGCAACUGUGACCGCAUGUUGAACUAUGACAACUACCCAAAGUUGCAUUAUCCAGACAUCCUUAUUGUUGAAGGAGGAUACAAAUCUUUCUUCGAAAAGUACAGCCAUCGUUGUUUUCCACGCCGGUAUAUCGAAAUGGGUUCUCAAGAUCAUAUUGAUAAAUGCGAGUCUGAAAUGGAAAAGUUUCGGAGAAAUUCCAAGCGCGUCGCAACGAAAUCUAAUUCUUUGCAUUCGCUAAAUAAAGGCAACGUUACAUCUAGAGCAUCAACGCCCUUCAGGUCGGAAUUUGCAUCCAGAAACCAGUCGUGCUUCUCUGAUUACAAAAAGCACGAUCGACCCGGCCUGUCGCAUUACACUACUAAAAGCAACCUCUCGUUCAGGUACGAAGCUCCACCGAAGCUAACAUUGUCACAGUUUAGCAUGAACAGUGGUAGUGGUAGCCCCUCGAGCGUCAGUAGCAGCGCUGCGAGUAGCCGAGCACUUUUACUGGACGAGCUCCAGGAUGACUUGGAAAGCUCAGACUUUGAUAAUAUUAGCUUCGAGGAGAACGAGCAUCCUCACACAUAUUGCGGUGGCACAGACCCCGUUCUUGCAUUAAACAGCCCUAAAGCAUCCCUUUUGAGUUCCAUCUUUCAAGAAGAAGAGGUGGAUAGCAGAUACCCAAGCAAACAACUUGCGAACGCUACAACCAAAUAA